GCGCUCCGGUACCAAUCCGCGAUUCCUUACACGCUAAGGCAUCGACCUCCAGUUCUUCUUCUUCCAUUCUUCAGCGCGACGCAGGCGAGACCAGCGCCCAGCUCUCUGCUCUUUUUUUUUUCUGCUGAGCUAGCUCUAGCAGCCAUGAGGAAGUCGAGCAGCAGCGGCGGCCAUGUCAUCGGGGUCCCGGUCACCUCCAAGGCGUUCGGGAUAGAGGAGGCGGCGUCCAGGGAUCCGUCCUUCAGGAAGGGCGACGGCGACCACCUCGCGGUCUCGCUGACGCACCCCAGCCCGUAUGCGUCUUUCGGCUACAAGCACAGCAGCAAGGGCCAGGUGAUCCACUGGGUGAGCAAGCUGAGCAGGCGGGCGCAAGGCUUCAGGGAGCAUGUGACCUUGGGCCCGAAGCUGUCGGAGACGGUGAAGGGGAAGCUGAGCCUGGGCGCGCGGAUCCUGCAGGCCGGCGGCGUCGAGCGCGUGUUCCGGCAGGCCUUCUCCGCCGACAAGGGCGAGCGACUGGUCAAGGCGCUGCAGUGCUACCUCUACACCACGGGCGGCCCCAUCGCCGGGAUGCUCUUCGUGUCCACCAAGAAGGUCGCCUUCCGCAGCGACCGCCCCAUCACGGUGGCCUCGCCCAAGGGCGACACGGCGCGGGUCACCUACAAGGUGGUGGUCCCGCUCCGGCGGGUCGGCGAGGUGCGGCCCAGCGAGAACGCCGACAGGCCGGAGGAGAAGUACAUCCGCGUCGCCACGGUGGACGGCUUCGAGUUCUGGUUCAUGGGCUUCGUCAGCUUCCAGCGGUCGUGGAGGUGCGUGCAGCAGGCCGUCGAGGAGCUGCAAUGACCGCGCGGCCCGACCGGCCUGGUUGGUGAGGAGGUCCGGUGCAAUGGCUGCCUUGUCGGCACGACGAGAAGAGGAUGCUACGGGCUGCGGCGUCGCCAUCUUUUGUUGCGAGGUAGCCGUAGCUGAGAUUGCCCCAAUCUAAUUCCGGAUCGGGGCAGUUGAGUUCCUUCCGCGUACGAUUUUGGAUCAACUUUGUGUUGCUCCAAGCGGUUGCUUUGAAGCAUGGACCGAGAAAUUAACCAUUUGCGCAUGUUGUUGAAUGGAAGAGCUUACCUUUCCAAAUUGUUUUCUGCUGUACCUUUCUGAUCUCUGUACUAGUGUGUGUCAGAACAUGAAAAUAUAACUCUGAAUAGGAGGAGCUUUGAUGGUA